GCCGGUGGGGGGGGGGUACCCGGUACCCGGUGCGGGGCGGGGGGUACCCGGUACGGCCAUGUACGAUUGCCUGGAGGCGCUGGCGGGGGGGAGACGGCUGCACGACGUGACGAACCGGGCGGGCUGCGCCCUGCGCAAGGCGGGGUUCGGGCCGCGCUGCGGGGCGAUGCCGCCCUGUGCCUGGCCGCCCCCCGCCCGCCGCGCUGCAGAGCCCCAGGCCCAGAGUGCGGAGGAGCUGCCCCCCCGCUCACCCUCGCCGCCCCCCCCGCCCCGCGUCUACAAGCCGUGCUUCGUCUGCAGCGACAAAUCUUCCGGCUACCACUACGGCGUCAGCUCCUGCGAGGGCUGCAAGGGCUUUUUCCGGCGCAGCAUCCAGAAGAACAUGGUGUACACGUGUCACCGGGACAAGAACUGUCACAUCAACAAGGUGACUCGCAACCGGUGCCAGUUCUGCCGCCUGCAGAAGUGCCUCGAGGUCGGCAUGUCCAAGGAAGCCGUCCGCAAUGACAAGAAAAAGAAGAAAGAGGUGAAGGAGGAGGUGAUGGUGGAGAGCUACGAGCUGAGCCCGGAGCUGGAGGAGCUGGUGGAGAAGGUGCGCCGAGCCCACCAGGAGACCUUCCCAUCACUCUGCCAGCUGGGGAAGUACACCAUGAACUCAAGUGCCGACCAUCGGGUGCAGCUGGACUUGGAGCUGUGGGACAAGUUCAGCGAGUUGGCCACCAAGUGCAUCAUCAAGAUUGUGGAGUUCGCCAAGCGCCUGCCCGGCUUCACCGGCCUCACCAUGGCCGACCAGAUCACCCUGCUCAAAGCCGCCUGCCUCGACAUCCUGAUGCUGCGGAUCUGCACGCGCUACACGCCGGAACAGGACACCAUGACCUUCUCGGAUGGGCUGACCCUCAACCGCACGCAGAUGCACAACGCGGGCUUCGGGCCCCUCACCGACCUGGUCUUCACCUUCGCUGGGCAGCUCCUGCCGCUGGAGAUGGACGACACCGAGACCGGGCUGCUCAGCGCCAUCUGCCUCAUCUGCGGAGACCGCAUGGACCUGGAGGAGCCGGAGAAGGUGGAGAAGCUGCAAGAGCCGCUGCUGGAGGCGCUGAAGGUCUACGCGCGCCGCCGCCGCCCUCGCCAGCCCUACAUGUUCCCCCGCAUGCUCAUGAAGAUCACGGACCUGCGCGGCAUCAGCGCCAAGGGCGCCGAGCGAGCCAUCUCGCUGAAGAUGGAGAUCCCAGGGCCGAUGCCCCCCCUCAUCCGGGAGAUGCUGGAGAACCCCGAUAUCUUCCAGGACGACGAGGAAGGAGGGCCCCCCCCGGACCCCCCCCCAGCCCACAACAGCCCCCCCGCCUCCCCAUAACCCCCCUCCACCCCC